UUUCUGAGAAGAGACCAUUUUGUACCAGAGGAAGCAGUGCCUCUCUGGAACGUCCUCACAACAUAGUUCUACGCUGACAGGAACAGUUCCUUGACAGAAGCUGUUGGGCAGGGAAUUCCUUGGAGGUGGCCACGCAGAGGGAAUACAUGGCUGUGUCAUCGACAGCACUGCUAUGAACACUCCCUGACUGCCUCGGGGGAAAACCUACCAUGGACCUGCGAAAUGUCCCCUACCGCUCCGACGUGCUCACCUGGGAGCCAGAUGACUUAGCAGAAUAUUUCAGGACGCUAAAGUAUAAGGACUGUGAGAAAGUCGUGAGGAAGCACAACAUAAAUGGACAAAGGUUUUUGAACAUGUCUGAAAAUGAUAUUCAGAAAUUUCCAAAGCUCAGAGUGCCAAUUGUAAGUAAAUUAAGCCAAGAAAUAAACAAAAAUGAAGGGAGGCUCUCUUUCCUUCCAAAAUGGGCCCAAACACAAAAAUCUACAGAAAACACAGGGUACGCUCAGGAUGAUGGUGGCUGGUCUUCAUUUGAUGAUGAUGAUGACUAUGAAAGCCCUGAUGAAGACCAGGAAAAGGAAGAUGAGGCUGACUAUGAAUCACCAACAGAGGAACCUGAGGAAGCAGAACAUGACAGUGAUGGUUAUGAGCCACCUCCAUCCAAUAAUGAUGAAGCACAUCACAAUGUCAUAUUUCCUGCCAAGUCACUUCCAAGCACCACAGAUUAUAUAGACAGACCUUCAACAGCCAGAUCACCACAUCAGCCUCCACAUCAGCCUCCACAUCAGCCUCCAGUACCACCCCAGCGACCUGGCCCAGCCCCAGGACCAGCCUCAUUUGGGGGAAGAAGUGCUACUCUGCCAGCUUUCCCUCCUCCACCAAGCAACAACGACUUGAACAGAGACAGAAACAUGAAGCUUUUGAAACCCCCAGCUCCUUCUAUAGACAGAAGCACAAAACCCUCCCUGGAUCGCCUUGCUCCCCCAUAUGAAAGAGAAAGCCCAGGAUCAGGGAAGAAGCCAGGCAUUCCUGAAAAGCCUCUGGUUUCACAACUAAGAUCCCUGGGAGAACAGUUAGCAAUGAUGCCGAAACCUCCUGUCCCACCAAGCGACAGAUAUGAAAGAGGCAAUCCACCUCCUCUAAGGAAGCAAAGCCCUGGAAAGCAGAGUUGGCCACCACACAAGAAAAACGAAGAAGAAGAAGACACUGCCCCUCAAAGACCAGUGCCACAGCUGUCCUUGCCCCCAUACAGCUCCAACGCAUUCCCACCCAAAUCUGUCAAGCCUCCACCUAAGCCAGGAUCCAACAGUAUUCCUGCUGCAGAAAGUGGUAGAAACCUGUCUACAACUGGCUCACUACCACCACGCUUCCAUCCAGGUGGCAACAGCAGAUCUCCUUCAAGAGGCCCAGCUGACAUGAGACCUCCACUGCCAAUUCCUAGCAGGCAGACUGUUCACCAGACAAACACAGAGGAAGAUGAGCCCCAGGGCUCUCUGAAGGAUGAGUGGUAUGUGGCUUUCGUCAGCCGGCCCGAGGCAGAGGCAGCGCUCCGCAGGAUAAACAAGGAUGGAACUUUCCUGGUGAGAGACAGCUCACGCAAAACUGUUACUCACCCAUAUGUACUGAUGGUGCUGUACAGAGAUAAAGUGUACAACAUCCAGAUCCGGUACCAGGAGCAGGAUCACUUAUAUUUGUUAGGAACCAGCUUAAAAGGAAAAGAGGAAUUUUCUUCUGUAGCAGAUAUCAUUGACCACUUCCAAAGAACACCCCUUCUUCUGAUUGAUGGAAAAGACAGAGGUUCAAGAAACCAGUGCAUGUUAAAAUAUGCUGCAGGACAUAUUUAAAUGAAACCUUAGAGAAGAUCACAUAUGGUACUGAAGCCUACUGAAGUUUGUAAACUUCAAGAUAUUUCCCUUUUCAGCAAACUAAAAUAAUGAAGUCAUUAAAAUUCAUAAUUUCAAAGAAAAAGGACUAUGUUAUUUUUAAAUUAUGCCUUAAAUACAGUACUCCGUAAAUAUAAUUUUCCUACAAAGUGGUUAUUACUGUCCAUUAAUCAUACAGCACAUGAUAAUUUUUUAUCUUCCAAGAUAUGUAUAUCCUCUUGAAAUUAUUUCCACACCAAAUUUGAUGAACCAUAAAUAAAUAUUAGUACAAGUCUCUGCUUUCA